AUGGACAGACAAGUGAUAUACGCUGAUUUAAACUUAUCCAGGGGUUCUUGCCUGGAAAAGUCAUCACCCCCUUCUCUUCCUCGGGACAUCUGUCAAGGUCCACCUUGGCAUCAAUGUGCUCUGAAACUUGCUUGUGCUGGGAUGAGUCUUCUUGCCUUGACUGUGGUUGGGUUGAGUAUUUCAGUGAUACUCGUAAGACAAAACUUAUCAGUAGAAGAAAGUGGUGAGGAAGUUCAAGAGAACAGGAAUGAAACAACAGGUAAACCAGAUCUGUUAAAGUGCUCAAAACAAUGGCUACUAUUCCAAGAAAAAUGCUUGUUUUUUUCUCAGGCUUCCAACACUUGGAACUACAGUCUAGGUGACUGUUCCACAAAAGAAUCCAGUUUGCUGCUUCUUCAAGAUGCAGAAGAAUUGGAACAUGUACAAGGACUGAUAGAUAAAAAAGAAUUUCUAUUUUGGAUUGGAUUAAAUUUAACAUUAUCUGAGACUAAAUGGCAGUGGAUAAAUGGCUCAUUUUUAAAUCCAACCGCAUUCCGUAUUGUUGGUUAUACAGAAAAAAACAGCUGUGUUUAUAUCUCACAGACCGGAAUUUUUUCUGAGAACUGUGACACAGACAAUAAAUGGAUCUGCCAAAAGGAACUAAAGCCUGUCAGAAAUAAAGUAUGUUCAGGCUCUUGA